AUGCUAAGCAGCUGCGUAUCCAUUGCGGCAGCGGUGUUGCUGCUGCUAAUCUCGGCAACGGCGGCCGCAGCAGGUCCUCCGCGGAUGAAGAUAGGGAUGCCCGGCUGCAACACCACCUGUGGCAACGUAAGCGUGCCUUACCCGUUCGGGAUGGGCCCAAAGAGCUGCUACUGGCCGGGGUUCAAGCUCACCUGCAACAACAACGGAAGCAAGCCCCCGCGGCUGCUCCUCGGCGAGGGCAGUGGUGGCGUGUUCGAGGUCGUCGAUAUCUCCCUGAAGAACAGCACGAUGCGCAUCGUCAAUCGUGGACUGCGAGCCAUCAACAUGAGCGACGGCUCCGGCCAGUGGAUCAUAGCUGACGCUGAGACCAUCGGCGCCGGUGGGGUGGCCUACCUGCUGAACCCGGGGUCCAAUGAGUUCAUACUGACGGGCUGCAAUGUGCAAGCGACGUUGCUGGCGAACCGGAGCCUCGCCAGCGGCUGCGCCUCUUUCUGCCCCGAAUUUGGUGAUGGCAUUAGCUAUACCCAAACUUAUAAAAGGGGAAAUUCCAAAGCAUGCUCCAACAUCGGCUGCUGCCAGUCCACCAUCCAAACUGCCAGCGCGUCUUACGGCGUGGAGCUCAAGCAGCUCAACUACAGCGGCGUGUACAGUAAUUUUGGUUCCCCCGUGAACGUGCUUAUCGCCGAGGUUGGCUGGUUCGACGUAGACCACAACCUGGAAGUGGUCAUGAACGUGGAUUGGCGGGCAAACAAAAAUCUCUCGCGGGAGGCUGAUCAGCUCAGGGUUCCCGUGAUUCUCGCGUGGGCGUUGGCACACGACGCAGCAGUGUAUAACACUGGCCAUUCGCGCUGCCCUCGCGACGCAGCCCGGGGCAUCUGCAAGAGUACCAACAGCAAUUGCAGCGUCGGAAACACAAUUGAAGAAAUCAGAGGCUAUUCGUGCCACUGCAAGGAGGGCUACGAGGGCAACCCUUACCUCACAGGAGGAUGCCAAGAUAUCAAAGAGUGCAAUCAGAAAGAAAAACAUUUCUGCUUCGGCGUCUGCGAGGAACUGUCAGGCUCGUUCCGGUGCCGCUGCCCGAAUGGAACGCAUGGAAAUUACACCAAGCCCGGUGGCUGCAUCAUCGACUCUGUGGACACAAUCCGAGGUAACAAGAACAUGGGUUUAGUCAUUGGUCUCUCAGUCGCUAGUGGCCCAUUUAUUCUACUUUUGGUUCUUGGUGCACUUCUAAUAACCCGUGGAUUUAAACAACACAAGACAAAGGUGUUGCGACAGAAGUUCUUUAGUCAAAACCGUGGCCAGCUAUUAAGGCAAUUGGUAUCUCAUAGAGCCGACAUCGCAGAGAGGAUGCUCAUCUCUUUAGAGGAGAUAGAGAAGGCUACCAACAAUUUUGAUCAAGCCCGCAAGCUCGGUGGAGGUGGGCAUGGCACUGUCUACAAAGGGAUCAUGUUAGACUUGCAUGUUGUGGCCAUCAAGAAGUCAAAUAUUGUUGUCAAAAGAGAAAUCAACGAGUUCAUAAAUGAGGUUGCCAUACUCUCACAGAUCAACCAUAGAAAUAUUGUGAAGCUUCGUGGAUGUUGCCUCGAGACAGAAGUCCCUUUACUGGCUUACGAGUUCAUUUCCAACGGAACACUCGCUGAUCAUCUUCACACGGAAGAACGAGGAUCGCUACCUUGGAAAGAUAGGUUAAGGAUCACAAGUGAAACAGGGAAAGCUCUUGCUUACCUUCACUCAGCUAUGUCAGUCACUGUAAUACAUAGAGAUAUCAAACCCUCCAACAUACUUCUUGACGAUGCCUUGACAGCAAAAGUGUCAGACUUUGGAGCUUCAAGGUACAUUAUUCCCAUGGAUCAAACAGGAACAACAACUGCGGUGCAAGGAACUAUAGGGUACUUAGAUCCUAUGUAUUAUUAUACUAGACGCCUCACGGAAAGUAGUGAUGUUUAUAGCUUUGGAGUCCUUCUUGUCGAAUUGCUUACUAGGAAGAAGCCAUCUGUGUAUAGAUCUUCCGAGGGUGAUGGACUUGUCAUGCAAUUUGUUGCACUACUUGCAGAAGGCGAUUUGGAAAAAAUACUAGACCCACAAGUUAUAGAAGAAGGGGGCAGCAAAGUGAAAGAAGUUGCUACUCUAGCCAUGGAGUGCGUGAAACUAAGAGCAGAGGAGCGACCAACCAUGAGGCAAGUAGAGAUGGCGCUAGAAGCUCUCCAAGCACCCAAUAAGCGUGUCCAGGCUGAUUUGGUAGAAGAAACAGUUGAGAAGGAAUAUGCAGCAACAGGCUAUCCAUCCACCAGCCAACAAGCAAAGAAAAACGAAGGAAGCAGGUGUUAUAGCCAAGAAGAUGAGUUCCUGUUAUCUGCGACAUACCCUCGAUAGUUUUGCUUGCUUGUAAGUGAAUUUUUAGCCAUGGUGAAUUGUUUCUGUUAUUGUAAAUCAGUGCGUGUUUUUAUAUGAAUAUAUAUGCCGAACA